AUGGCGAUCCCGCCCUUUCUGCAGAAAUGGCUCUUUCUCAACCUGCUCCGCAUCCUCACCCUCGUAUCCUGCAUCCUCGUCAUGGCAUCGACCAUCCUGAUCCUCAAGCACAACUUCCAGCACCUCGAUGACGAUGCCGCCGCCGCAGGCAGCCGCAGCACCUCCUCGGUCGCCUCAUUCCCCUCCGAACAGCCGGGAGAUUACCAGAGCCACACCGACAUCCCGACGCAGACGUGGGGCACGCUGUGGUCGACGCUGCACCACGUGUACAACCUCGUCGCCCUCUUCCUCGUCAUACUCAGCGAGGUGUCGUGGGGAGGCUGGCUGGACCGCUUCUUUGAUGCCGUCCUCCCCUUUCUCGGCAGGGAGUGGGGCACCCAGAUGAUGGGCGCCCUCCUGAUCCUCCUCGGCGCCGAUAGCCUCAGUCGCAAGAUUGGCACCUUCGCACUCAUCGCGAAUUGGCUCCUCGUCUCGGUCGGGCUCGUCAAUAUCCUCUCGGGGAUCGCAUUUCACUCGCGCGGCAAGCUGCUCCGCUCCCCGCUCGGUUUCAAGCAGCCCGUGGCCGAGAAGCUCGAAAAGCUCGCCGAAGCCAAGGCCAAGGCCGAAAAGAUCAAAGACAUCCUCCUGCCCCUCCCCGCCGUCUCACCAGGCGCCAGUGGACCACCGCCACCGACGUCGACGCCGGCCAACGCUUCGACCGAGACCGUCGUGGCCGCCGCGACGAAAAAGGUCGGGGGGCUGUGGAAAAAGUACCAGGAUCGACGUGGAGAUCGCGGCGAGUGGGAUCCUGAGAAGGCGGUCGUUGACGAGGCCGGUCCAGCGACGGCAGCAGCGGCGCCGGCGGCGACGACGACGACGACAAGGGCAGACUUGCCGGCCGCGGUGCCCUUUCGACCUGGUAUGCCUCCUCCGCCUCCGCCCGCCUUCCUCGGAGGCCAGACCGGCCCCGUCGCCAUGGCGCAGCAACAUUCGACUUCCGCCGUCACCCUCGUCGCGCCCACGACUUCCGACACGGCCGCCGGCGGCGUGAGCAGCGGGACGACGUCGUCCGGCGAUACCGAAUCGCGACCGCUGGCGCGCGCCGGGUCGCACCACCGGCUGCACUCGACCGACUUCUACAUCGUCAAUGCGCCCCGGACGCACUCGACGAUCUCGUCCUGCUCGUCGUCGUCGCUCUACACCAACAGCAACAGCGUCCCGGCAGAACGGCCGCAGCACCUCGAGAUCCCACCGUCGUCAUCGACCGCCGCCCUCAUGGCCAUCGAGGAGCGAUCGCCGGGCGUGCUCGCCAAGUUCCGUGCGGCCGAGCUGGAAGCCAAGUUGAAGGCCAAACGGAGGGCAGAGAAAAAGAGCCUCUACCUCGGCAGUCAGAGGUGGUUGGAGGAGAGUCGGCGGAUCGACGCGGCGGGAGCGGGGGCGGGGGCGGGUUGGACGAGCGAGGGUACCGCCGCCGAGUCGGAGGCGGGUGGGUUGCCGCCGUACCGACUUGCGAGCCGGGAUGCGAGGAAGAAGGCAAAGCAGAGGAUGCGACUCGAACCCGAUGCCGACGCGGGCGGGUCGGAACGGGACGAGGUCUCGCUUUCAGACCGCGUUGCGGCGGAGACGAGGAGGAGCAGGAGGAGCAGGAGGAGAAGGAGGGCGGCGGAGGCGGAGACGGACACGUCGAGACGGGUUGGACGCGCAUCGCCCUCUCGGUCGACCUCUCCAUCCCACCAUUUCGCCCCACGACGAGGCGCCGGCGACGACGACGAUGACGAAGAGCAGGAAGAGUACCUCGUAACGCCCACGCCACUCGGACAGGCACGGCGCCACGACGGCCGUCGCAAACGCUGCCAGGUCCGUCGCGCAAAAGACUCGCUCGACCUCGAUACCGACGCCACCACCGACGACGAUGGAGAUCGGAGAGCAAGAGGCAAAAAGGGAUCAACAGCAACGCCGGCGCCGACGGUGUCGAGAUCCGACGACGAGGUGGCGCGUUCGGCCGUCUCGCUGGGGCGUCGUCGCCGACCGCGCGCACCCGCGCUCGGAGAGGGAGGGUACCAGAGUGAAGGUCUUGCUGCGUCGUCUCGACGUGCCCUUCACUCGGCGGCCGAGGACGAGGACGAGGGCGAGGGCGAGGGCGAGGCAGAAGCAGGAUCGAGUAGGACGAGACGGAGGCGGGUGCGGAGGUCCGUUUCGAUGCGUGAGGGAGGCGGAAAACGCGCCUACGGCUUCGUCUGA